CGCAAUGUUAGAGAGCGCUAAGACUUACCAAGUGCUCAAACUUUUCAUGGAAAACUAAGUGUGUGGUUGUCGAGGCCCAUAGUGAGUGACAAAGAUGUCCGCUUUAUGAGUGAAUUGUGGAAGAAGGUGGCCGAGCAGAUGGGGCCCCAACUGUAGGUGACUUCAGGUAAUCAUCAUGAAGCCAACGACCAGGCGGAGCAGAUGAACCGUGUGGUACACCACUUGCUCCAGCACUCCAUUCUGUCAAUUGUCCUGCCACGUGGUGGUGGUAGUGGAGGUGGUGGUGGUGUGGUGGUGGUGGAAGUGGUGGUGGAGGAAAAGAUGGUGGCGGUAGCAGUGGUGGCGGUAGCAGUGGUAGCGGUGCAGGAGGCGGCACGCUUUCAGCAGCAGUUGCGACAUUGGUGCGCAUUGCGAGUGGUUGUGUUGAGGGCGGAUGUUGCCUGUCUGCAGAAUGAGCAUUCGGCAACGGCUGAGCGCGAACGUAACGCUUCCAUGGAACGUGGAGAGUGCGCCCGCGGGCCCCAUCGACGUGCAAAAGGUGCAGCGAGGGCGCCAGCAAGCGAACGAGUGGUGGGCGCUUGCGCAUUGCAAGUCCUAACGAUGAAGGGAGAGCUCCUGGGUGGUGCGAAGGUAUUAACGACAUCGAAGAGAAGCGAGGUGGUCGCAGUUGUAUCAACGAUCGCCAUUCGUUAUCGCAUUGAGAGAACGACAACUAGCCUGAGGAUGAGAUUGUACGUUCGCAAGCAGAGGCAGCUGAUGCAACAGGUGAUAGAUGCACCCGAUUGUGUGUCGUUAUCGGAAUCCAUUGUCCAAUUCUGUUACGCCAUGGCAUCGGGUGUGAUCCCGCAGGCGACGCCGAGUGGGUGGACGAGGAGGACGGGAGGGACAAGGGAGGAUCUUCGACGGGUUGACGACACGACAAAGGGCUACUACAAGGAGAAGUUGCGGAUGUCGCCUAGAGUGUUCCGAGAGAUCGUCGAGGCGCUGUCCCCUCAUCUGCAGCGGAGGGUGACAUUCUAUAGAGUGCCUUUGAUGUCGGAUCGCAUCGUCGCGUACGCGCUUUAUCGUUGGGCAAGUUGGCAGACAUAUGAGAGCAGCACGUCGUCGUUCAACAUUGGACGCGCAUCAGGAUUGAUUGCAGUGGACAUCAUGAGGGCGCUUCCAAAGGUGUUCCGGAAGAAGAUCAGCUGGCCUUCUGGGUUGCAGUGGCUGGUCGUCUUGCGCGCCUACUAGGCGAAAGGUUUCCCCAACUGCUACGGCUACAUAGACUGCACACACAACUAUGUGGACAAACCUGCGCACGCACAAUUGGAGAACUACUUCGACCAGAAGCAUCGCCUUUCGGUGGCUGCGCAAGUGGUCGUCCACCUGGACUUAUGUGUGAUGGACGUUCACAUUGGCUAUCCUGGGAUCUGCCACGAUAAACUUGUGCUUCAGCU